UGCACCUAUCAAUAUUUUGCCCCAGGGGGGGGGGGCGGCGGGCAUACACGGGACUUUAGACAGAAGACAAUUCCCGACAGGCGGGAAUUUGACACGCCGAAUAAUUCCGGGUCCCGGGUUUUAGACAUAAGACGGAUUUUACAUCUCGGUACCCGGAGUUGUAUAGACAACCGUAUUUCGUAUCCCGGUACCCGGAGUUUAGACAACUGUACUGUCGCACUAAAAAAAUGGCGGACAAACUUUCACACGUUUCAUCCUUCUCAGUUAAAGAGAUGUGUGAAUGGGUGGAUAGCAUCUCAAAAGAUCUCACAACCAUAUUUAAAGAUUUUUUGUUAUGCUGCAACAACUAUAUAUUAACAAAAAAGUCUAUGCUGUGGUUUCCUGGUGGGCCACCUCUCACCUUCCUGCCUUUCCCCAUGCCUGACGGAGACAGAAGACCGGGAAGCUGUCCAGACCAUGAGUGCUGUGGUGGUCACUUCCUCCCACCAAGCGAAGUCAUUGAAAAAAGGCUUAAGGGAGUCGAGUUGCCACCCUCUGACGUUUUACAGAGGGCACAUACAGAUGGCAGUACAGAUGCAGCCCUACUUAGUAAAGAGUGUACUUUACCAGUGGGAGAGGUUAACAUUUGGUUGGAGCACCUCAACAAUGUCGCUGCAAACAGAGAAAGGGGCCAGGCAAAGGCUGCAGAGACACGGUCUCUGAAAAAGAAAGAGUUGAGGACAGAGACAACUCCUGGUGGUGCUGCCACAUCGACUGCGACUACCCAUAGAAGUUCCGCUAGGAGCCCAAACCAUAGCCAGGCUCAGAGUGCACCAGACAAUAUCAUGGUAGAUGUUUCGAGGUUUGGACGGAGGAGGGUACCAAAAAGAUUUGAUGAAUAUAUUAUGUAAAAACAAUAAAAAUAAAAAUAAAAAAUGAAGUUCACAAU